UGGCCGCUUUCUCUCUCUGACCGCUUCAGUGCGCGUGCGGCCCUCGUAGAGAUGAGAGGCCUCUGCAUAUUCCUUUCGCCUACGUAGCUUCCCUUCACCGCGCCGCUCUGUCUUCCGGACAGCUUCUUCCGCGUGUCUAUGGUUCAGUUAAAGGGGCCGCUUCUGGCUUUCCGAGCUGCGGGGUCCCGAGAUGCUUCUUACGGUGAAGGCGCUCCAGGGCCGGGAAUGCAGCCUCCAGGUCUCCCCAGAUGAACGGAUCUCCUCUCUCAAACGCUUGGUCUUUGAGAAGUUGAAUGUCCCAGUAUCCCAGCAGCGCCUGCUUUUCAAAGGCAAAGCUUUGGCAGCUUGUGCUUCCUCCCCAGAUGAACACCGUCUCUCUGAUUACUCUAUUGGACCCGAGUCAAAACUGAACCUUGUGAUCAAGCCACCAGAGAAGGCAUCGCCUGAGGAACCUGGCCGCAGAGCUGGUCCCCCACAGAAUCCUGUCAUCUGGCACACACUGGCCCAAGUCCUAGGCAGGCAUUUCAGUGUAGCUGAUGCUGAGAAGGUGUUGGAGCAACUGCAAAAGGAUUAUGAGCGGAGCCUUCGAUUACUGAGCUUGGAUGACAUUGAGCGCUUGGCCACACGCUUGCUUCACCCUGAGGUGGCUGAAGCUGUAGAAAUGGGCUUUCUGGAUUAGCUGGUGAACUUGGGAACUGAGCCUGCCUCUUUGGACAGAGAACCCCUGGGCAGGGCCCAGCUUGGGGCUUAAUGGGGUCAAUCCCUCUGGACUGCUGUUAAAGGGGCACAGAGCAUCUGUAGCCACUCCCCGUCCAUUAAAGGUGGUGAUGGGUGA